AUGUCUCUGUGUCAGUACCCAGCACUAGUGCGAAGCCUAUUGGAUUCCACUGAUGCAACGGAGAAGAGCAAAUCAGUACUCAAUAACUUAAGAGAUUCUGAGACACAUGCAGCUAGGCACUUCACCGAUCCUGAGCAGUUCAAUAGAAUCAUUAUUGACCGACUCAGAUCACAUCCAGUGGACUAUCUAUUGGAGAAGUUUCUCAAUGACAUGCAGAAUAAGAAGAUGAACGUCGAAGUGCGCACAGAGCGUGUGCACAAGACAAUGGCGAUGUUGGAGGAGCGUUACCGCAACAUAGACAAGGAAUCCAUACACUGCCAAAUCCUCAAAGUACAAAGGUACCUAGCACUUAAGUACCACGGAUUGCAAUCAGUUAUGGAUACUCUCAUUAAAGGAGACAAGCAACCGGAUGAAAGUGAAGGCCACUUGUCCGACAUGGACCACGCCAAGUUUCAUUUUAUGACUGAGGCACACAUAAGCGAGCAGCAAACAAGCGUAACAACGCACAGACUACCACACCAGCAGAGGCUAAUACUACCAAUGCUAACAAACGGUACAAAACAGACAAUGGUGCAAACAACCACAAUCCCACAGGGGGACAGGGGCACGUGA